UAGACCAUAAGUCCAGUGUUUCGAAAUUGCCCCUGCCUCUGCCACUUUAUUACGAAUCAGGACGGCCAAACACUUGAACACGCGUCAGCCACGAUACACCAACGAUAACAACUACUGUACUAUACACUAAAAGGACAGUAGAGAACUUGAGGCGACCGCCGGCGAUGACGACGGUGCCUUUGCUGCUAUCCACUACGGGGCCUUUACUCCGGGGAACACAAAACUUCCUUGUUCAUAUCAAGGCUACGAAAUGGCCUCAUGGUAGCAUAAAGUUGGGAUCUUUGCGCACAAGAGAAAAACUUGUCAAAUUCAGCACACUCAAUUGGAACCGCGGGAAGGUAGUUCUCGCUGCGAAAUCCGGCGGCAGUGGCGAUGGCUCCAUUCUAGAAAACCACGAUAAUGUUCAGAGGAGAAGAUUCAUACAGACUAUUCUAUGGAUUGCAGAGGGGGUCUAUGUGCUUUGGCUCUUUUUGCUCCCCUACGCACCUGGUGAUCCUGUAUGGAGAAUCAGUUCAGCCACAGUGAAUGAUAUUGUUGGUCUUUCCCUCAAUUUCUUUUUUAUUCUGCCUCUAUCCAACAUUGUUGGCAUUCAUUUCUUAGAGGCACCAGUGCUUCAUCCUAUGUCUGAAGGAUUAUUCAAUUUUGUUAUCGGGUGGACAUUUAUGUUCGCACCUUUGUUGUUCACUGAUCGUAAGAGGGACGGGUAUAAAGGAUCACUGGAUGUUCUGUGGGGCCUCCAAAUGUUCCUCACAAACACAUUCUUAAUACCAUACAUGGCCAUUAGGCUAAAUGGUGGCGGCACAGAUGAUGAUCCAAGAAAGAGCACCUCUGAAUUAGGUUCUGUGAUGACUAGUGGUGCACGCAUUGUUGGUCUAAUUGGUGUUGGUGUCUGUUUGGUGUCAACAUUUUGGGCAAUCUUUGGGCGCGGGGAUGGUAAUUUUGGGGACAUAUCAGAAAGAUGGGAGUUCGUGGUGAGUUAUCUAGGAUCGGAAAGACUUGCGUACGCCUUCAUCUGGGACAUUUGUCUGUACACGAUUUUCCAACCAUGGCUCAUAGGAGACAACUUGCAAAACAUUGAGAAGGACAAGGUUGGUGUGGUGAAGUAUCUUAGGUUUGUCCCAGUAGUUGGCUUAGCUGCCUACUGCCUUUGUCUAAACCUCGAUGACAAUUAAUCGUAGAUGAAAUGCAUGCAUGUUGGUGUGA